AUGGCAGACCACCAACGGCAGUCAUCAGGCCAGUCCAGCAGGGCUCGGCCGGUACCUAUAAACAACCCAUCUGGAGAAUCAAGUGCUUCACAGUCUGUUGAAGGCUCCUACGCAAGAGCAACGGCACGCCUGGGCUCUCCAGUUCCUUCAUUUCGAGGAGGCGGCUCUCCAGCUAUACGCCAAAUACCCACACCCUCUCAACUGGGGACAGGCGAACCGUCGCAAUCAGAAACCCCACUGCCAGGACGCAGUGGAACACAAUCGUCCAUACCUGGGCCUGGAGACUCGGGGCUCUCACAUGCAUUUCGAGAGUCUCUUGGUAGAGGCAAUGGGAGCCCACCGCGGUUUGGGACACCUCCAGUUCGUGGCCUCUCGCCAGCAGCUUCGCAUCGCGUACCAAUCAGCCACUACGGGUCUUUUGAUACGAGACCAGGUAGUCCUGGUCCUGCUCCUUUCGAAGACCCAGAAGUGAUCAAGCGCCAUCUUUUCGACCCGUCCAAAGACACAACGAGUUUAUCGGGCUCUCCACGAAGAUCUCAGCGGCACACCGGAUCGGGAUCUGAGAGGGGACGGCCUAGUACCCGUGAUGAGGAGGAGUUCUCUAGUCUACGGCUGCAGGGCGGGGAUGUGACUCGGCAAAUAUACAGAUGGACCGAACAACAGGAAGCAGAGGAACGAGCUAAGAUGAAGAGAAGUCAGAGCUUCCAUUCUCCUCGGCCGAAAGUUGAAGAUCAAUCCAUGGACAUUGAUACCAUAAAGCAACCUGGUGGAUUCCGGAGAAACUUCUUGCGGAGGGCAGCGGCGAGUCCAUCGCCUGGACCAGGACCGGGCCCAUCGAAUUACGGCUCACUCAACAUAGGAGAUAGACCACAGCCUGUUUUCACCACGAAUUUCCUCGAAUUCCUAAGUCUCUACGGCCAUUUCGCCGGAGAAUCAUUGGAAGAAGAUGACGAAGCAUUGGGACCUGACGAGUACUUCUCCUCCUCCGCCUACGACGAGCAAUCCCAUCCCGGCAGUGAAGACGACCGCGAAUUUGGUGAAAGCAGUGCCCUUCUCACUCCUGGAAGACGACGUCGUCGUCGUAAGGAGGCCACGACUGGCAAGGGUAGCCCUACCGGUGCCGCUCUAUUGCUCCUCAAAUCAUUCGUCGGCACUGGUGUUCUGUUUCUUCCGCGUGCUUAUCUCAACGGCGGCAUGCUCUUCAGCAACCUUGUCCUCCUUGGCGUGGCUGGGCUAAGCUACUAUUGCUUUGUGCUACUUGUACAAACCCGCCUCCAAGUCGAACAUUCCUUCGGCGACAUGGGAUUACACAUUUACGGCAAGUGGAUGCGCAACUUGAUCAAUUUCUCGUUGGUCAUUAGCCAAAUCGGCUUUGCUUCAGCCUACAUCGUUUUCGUUUCCGAAAAUCUUCAGGCAUUCAUUCUCGCGGUCUCGGACUGCCGAACGUUCAUUGAUAUCAAGUACAUGAUCCUCAUGCAAAUGGUCGUUUUCUUGCCAUUAUCGCUCUACCGCAACAUCAAUAACAUUCAGAAACUCGCUUUGGUCGCGGAUGUCUUCAUCGUUUUGGGUCUUGUCUACCUCUAUUAUUAUGAUAUUUACACUAUCGUUGAACAACACGGCAUUUCCGACAUUAAGAACUUUAAUUCUAAAGACUGGACGCUAUUUAUCGGCACCGCUAUUUUUACUUUCGAAGGGAUAGGUCUUAUCAUUCCUAUUCAAACAGGAAUGAAGAAUCCCAGAAAGUUCCCGAACGUCAUGGCAGGCGUCAUGGUCAUCAUCACCAUUAUUUUCGUCAGUAUGGGCGCGCUCAGCUACGCCGCAUACGGCUCCAAGACCAAAACGGUGGUCAUUCUCAACAUGCCCCAAGACAACCACUUCGUCAAUGGCGUACAAUUCAUCUACUCGCUCGCCAUCCUGCUAUCAACUCCGCUGCAGAUCUACCCUGCUAUUGAGAUCACAUCACAACAGCUUUUCAGCCGCACAGGCAAAUACAACCCAUAUAUCAAGUGGAAGAAGAACGUAUUCCGUUUCUUUAUGGUAGCCGUUUGUGCAUGCCUGGCGUGGGUCGGUGCGAACGAUUUAGACAAGUUCGUUGCGCUGGUAGGGAGCUUUGCGUGUAUUCCGUUGGUGUACAUAUAUCCACCAAUGCUCCACUACCGCGCUGUUGCCAAGUCUAGCUACGCAAGAUGGACGAAUAUCUUGAUCGGAGUUUUCGGCAUCGUCGGUAUGGUCUAUACCACCGUACUUACCGUCAGGAGCUGGAUCCACGGUGGUGCGCCGAAACCACCUGGGUAUUGCGAUGAAAGGUAG